CAAGGUCGGUGUCGGGUGCCGAGGAUGAGGUGUCGGCUGCUGUGGCUGCUGUGCUGCGCCGCCGGAUGGUGGGGCGCCGGCGGCAAAACGCUGCGGGGUGGCUUUGCCAGCGCCGCUGCCCGUCGGGAACCCUGGCGGCCCGUGGCACGGUUCCAGUUCCACGGUGAUCAUGCUGUUCUGUGUGUCAGAAUCAAGAACGUAGCAGUAGCUGUGACAAAAGAAGCUAGACUUCACCUGUUCCAAGCACAGGAGUGGCAGAAGCUGCAGGACAGUAUCCAAGAUCACAGCUGUACAGAGAAGUUCUCUAAAGCUCAGCUGACAAUGACUGUGAACCACACAGAGCAAAAUCUGACAGUGUCCCAGAUUCCUUAUCCGGAAACAUGGUAUGUGUUUUAUGUAGACAAGUUUACCUGCGAGGAGAAUUAUUCUGAAUCCGAGGAUAUUCAGUUUGAAAUGAUCUUACUAAACCCAGAUGCAGAAGGGAAUCCAUUAGAUCACUUUAGCGCAGGGGAAUCGGGAUUACAUGAAUUCUUUUUCCUGCUUGUCCUUGCAUACUUUGUAACUGCUUGCAUAUAUGCACAGUCCCUAUGGCAAACACUUAAGAAGCGUGGACCUAUGCAUACUAUACUAAAGGUGUUGACAAUUGCAUUACUGUUGCAGGCUGGUUCAGCUUUUGCCAACUACCUGCAUUUCUCAAGUUAUUCUAGAGAUGGAAUAGGAGCACCUUAUAUGGGAAGUCUGGCAGAAUUGUGUGACAUAGUCUCACAGAUACAAAUGCUGUAUUUAUUGUUGAGUCUCUGUAUGGGUUGGACAGUAGGCAGAAUGAAGAAAUCUCAUGGCAGACCUCUCCAGUGGGAUUCUACUCCAACGUCUACUGGCAUUGCUGUAGUAGUUGUUGUUACACAGACCUUUUUAUUAAUUUGGGAGCAGUUUGAAGACACAAAUCACCACAGCUACCAUUCACACCAUGGCUUAGCAAGUGGACUGCUUAUUGGCCUCAGAGUUUGCCUAGCUUUAACACUGGCUGCUGGUCUUUACCAAGUUAUCACAGUGGAGAGGAGCACGCUGAAAAGGGAGUUCUAUAUCACCUUUGCCAAAGCCUGCAUUCUCUGGUUUUUGUGCCACCCAUGUCUUGCAACCAUUUCUGUAAUAUUCAGAGAAUAUCAAAGAGAAAAGAUUAUUACCAUAGGUGUUAUCCUUUGUCAGUGCAUCUCCAUGGUUAUCCUAUACAGACUUUUUCUAUCUCAUAGUCUAUACUGGGAAGUAUCGUCACUGUCAUCAGUGACAUUGCCACUAACAGUAUCCUCUGGACAUAAAAACCGACAUCACUUCUGAGAUGUUUAGGAAGAAUACAUUUUGUAAUGAAUGUGCAAUAAUGACCUAAAUAUGCAGGUAUCUUUGUCACAGGUGUGUGAUACAUUGGUUUUACUAGAAGACUGAGUGAUAGUAUCAGAGCACUUCACAGACCUUUGGUUUGACGAGAUCCCUAGAUUAAUCUGUUAAAGGUAUUGUGGAAUGGAAAAAUCCAUAAUGUGGGUAGUUUUAUAAAUAUUGUUUAUGUGUAGCAUGUGGUGCUGAGCUGUAUCAAAAGUACAGUGUAUGUUUUCUCUCCCAUUCACAGCCACAAAAAAUGUCCUUGCUUUAUAUCAAUACUAGGCUUGCAGGUCUUAUAUAAAAUGCAGCUCUUAAAGCAUCUGCAAGCUCAGACAAGUCUGAAAUAGGCCAGUUGUGAAAUUGGUGUGAUGUGUAACAAUGAGUACACAUUCUUUUAUUCUAAUGCUUUAAAGAAAAUGCAUUUUUCGUAUAAGAGAAGGGGAAACAAAAGAGGGAGAGUCCUCUAGAAAACACAUGUAAAAUGUUCAAAACUGACAGCAAGAAACUUUUCUUUAUUAUUGGUGUAUAAGAAAAGCCUUUUUUACAACUGAUGUUCAUAGUGAUUAAAAUUGUUUUGGGAAUGAAAAUAGUGUUUAUAUCUCCUUUGAAAAAAAAUGUAACUAAAGAUUUCAUCCAGUAGUGAAGGUUUAAACAGUGUUCAAGGCUUAGAAGACAUAGCAACAUAAAGUUAGUUAAAACAGCAGGCUCACAUCUUUAAAGAAAAAAAAAGAGGCAAAGAAAAUGGAAUGGGUGAUAUGGUACUAGAAUUUUAAUCCUGAUAUAAUUCAUUUCUGUUACAUUGAGGAUUCAAUCAUAAUUAAGCCAUAUACACAGAUUAAAUUAACAGAAGCAUUUCAAAUAAAUGUUGGUUUCAGUCAUCAACUACCCAUGAAUUCCUGCCCAAGGAUACUUAAUCAGGAUUAAAUUUUCUAUGAAUAAUUGAAAAACAAAAUACUCACUGGAUUUGUUAUAAUCCAUGUUGGCACUGGGUUCUAAGUAGUUGCCAUCUACCAUCCAUUGUAACAAAGCCAUACUACUUUGUGAUGCCCUAGCAUUCCAAAAGCCAGUGUAAAAAUAUACUUUACUGAAGUGCCUAUUUAUUAUGAUUAAAUCAUGCUGAGUUGUUAUUUUUCCAUCAGAAUAAGAAUAUACCUAUUGCCAUUGUGACUGGAAUCUUUCUGUUUGGAUUUAGUUUUAGUAUUUGUCAGAUUUCAGACUGUCUUCAUACAUAUGUGUUUCUUCACAACUUGGAUAUUAUUUUCUAGUAAAUGAAUGUUUCUUCAUAAUAGUGUGUAUUAUGUCUCUGUGAAAAUGUGAAGACACUGGAGCUCUAGCUUUAAAACAGCUCCAUUCACAUUUGCCUCAGCUGCAAGCAUAGUUGAAACAUAAGUCGUUCCAUUUUAGUUUAGAGGCAAAACUAGACAUUUGCCUUUGACUAAGGCAAAAUGGCAACAUGACAAAGUUGCUCAUUAAAUCAUCUCCUUUCUUAUUGUUUGUAAUUCAGAUCAAGAAUGGCAGGUUGAGGCUGGAAAAGAUGAGAUAUUAUGAUUUCACACAAUCUUCAGAAUGAUUAAAAGAUUAAUUAUUACAUUCCUCUGAUAACCACACAAAAAUAUUAUUGGUUAAAACUUCUGUCUUUAUUUCACUGCUUAUCUCUGUACUUUUCAUCUUCUCAAGAAAAAAGCAUCCUGUUUUUGAUAAGUCUCCAAUAAUGCAGUGGAAGAGUUCUAUCUGUCCUCAUGUAUAAGACAUGAAAUUCGUGCAUUAAAUAGAAUUUUUUGAUAGACACUGGAACUUCUUUACAGUUUAUGAUCUGUCGUGAUAAAAGUUUUAAUCUAUGCACAAAAAAAAGCCUGUAUGUGACUUUCAGAAGAGGCACUCUGUUUUAUUCUUCAGGAGUAUUUUCUUACUUCCUGCUGACUUCAGUCUGUCAGUUUUAAGGUAAAUGGUGUCUUAAUUUCACCUUAUAAAUAUACCCUACAACAAUCCAUAAAAUGAAUUUAUAGCCAUUCUCAGUGUAAAUAUGAAGCACAAGAUGUUGUCUCCUAAGCUUUUCCAGAUUGCCCCAGAAGUCAACAGCCAUCAUUAUCCUUUCUUAGUUUGGCAUGGAAUCCAAUUAUUUGAAAAUAAAAUUCUAAUUUUGCUAUUACGGUAACUAUAGCAGUUAAGUAUCACUUUCUCAUGGUAAGCAGUAAAAAGGACAUGCAUUUCUACCCAAAUCUAUUAGCUUUCUUUCAUAACCAAUGCUGUCCAGUUUUAUGUUAUUAAAUGAUUAACAUGUACUGUAGCAGUAGGUCAGUAUUGCUGCAGUAAUAUUCAGGGUGUUAGUUAAUUCGGUACAGGGGGUUUUUUUGGGAGAGUCUUCAAGUAUGACUAAUUUACAAAGCUUCAUACUUACCUGUGCUCUAGCUUGAAGCUCACUGCCUCUGGAUCCUGCCUGAAGAGUGGUUUAAAUACGUAAAAGCCUAUCUCUUCAUCCUGACUUACAUCUUCUGUGAGGCCAGCUGAUAAGACCUUGCUUUUUUCACGCUUACUCACACUGUUACCCAUUUUAUCAAUUUGGUUUCAUAACCUCAUCUUGAAAGAAUAGCUUCCAGCUUUCUUUCAAUUGUCUUUGAUCAGUGCAUCCUGAGUGGAAAACUCUUUUUUUCUAAAACGUGCUUUCCGUCACAAAAAUGAAAAAAUGUUUUCUGUCACAAGCUGGGGCUCUUGCUGUUCUGGUUUGAUGCAUACAUCUGAAGAACUCACGACGCACUCCGUAGCAACCACACAUUAGCUGGGAGCUGGUGCAGCCCCGGUGUGUCAGUGCCCAAGGAGUUCUUGUGGAGAGCUGCAGCAACUCCAGGCUUCCUGCCCCCUGGCUGCUGCCAGGACCGACCCGUGGUGUCCCCAAAGGCAGCGUUGCCACUGCUGACCGUGCUGAACAGCACUGUUCAGUUGGGGUCAAAUGACAACAUCUCACAUGUGAGUUUCUGUGUGUUACGUGGUUUUGGUUUAAAUAAAGUUGCAGUUAGAGAGUCUACUGAUUCUGUCACCCCCGUGUUUCGGUGCUCAGAAAAGCUAAGUGUAUAUUGACACAACUGCAAAAGAAAGUUGUUUGUGCUCUGAAGAAAUACAUUUCUGUGUGUGAGAGGGCAUCUCCUUGCCAGCCAUUGCCUUUUCUACUGGCACAGAUGCCAGUUUGCAUCAAUUAUGAUUUAUUGGCUUGGGGGGGAGGAUCUCUCUUCAGGAGAAAAGAGGGUGAGAUCACCAACACAGUCUACGAGACCCCCCACAAGCUGUGAGGAGGGAUCAUCUUGUAUUGCUCCCAAGCAGCCAAGUGGAGAUUGGAACACAAGUCCCCUAAGCUGUUUGCUCCCCUUCUGUGUUGAAUGUGUUUAUUGUACAUUUAUUUAAAGUGCUUCAGAUAGGAAGAUGAAUAUUUACAAUUAAAUAUAUGUAAAUACAAGUGGUAAGGCUUGAUUGGAAAAAUAUCAAGUUUCUAAUACAUAUGACUGUACUAAGACCUCCCACACAAGACAAACAUUUAUAGUCUGAUCUGAUGAAUAUUCUCUUCUGGUGCCUGUGCCAAUGGAGAGCCAUGGAAGUAUCAAAGUCUUUUUGUUUGCAUCUCGACCCUCUACAGAACUGGAAGAGUAUUUUAUUUUAUUUGGCUUUAG